AUGGAAAAAACAAUUCUACUUGGAAUGUUUGUUGCAAUUAUUGGUUUAAUAUUUUUGGGAACAAUCAUACUUAAUCUUUUAGCAAUUGUUUAUAUUUUAUCAACACAAGAUAAAACAACAAUUGCUAUGUUAGUUGUUAAUUUAGCUAUAGCUGAUAUUAUUCAUGCGAUGGGUAUUAUUUUUUUCAGUAGCACUUUAUUUACACGUAGUUGGAUAUUUGGCGCAUUUGGAUGCAAAUUUAGUUUAUCUAUUGAUGUACUUUGCACAGUGGUCAUUGUUUAUACAGUUGCAGCUUUAAGUAUUGAACGUUAUAUAGAUGCACGUUCAAUUUUUCCAGCAAAAUAUCGUACAUUAAUUAUAUUUGGAUUAAUAGUUCUUAUAUGGGCACUUGGUCUUUGUUUAGCAUAUCCAUUUAUUUUUUAUACUUUUCUUGAGGACAGUACUAAGAAUAUUAAUAUUAGUAAUAAAAAUUCGUCAAUUACACCAAUAUUUUCAUGUGAAUCAAGGCUAACAGAAAGGCUAUUAUUUAUUCAUGAAAUAAUUCUAUAUGUCAUUGCUUUUAUAAUACCUUAUUCAAUAAUUGUUUUAUUUUCAUUAAAAUUACUCAAAUUUUUACGUACUUGGAUAAAACGUAAAGUACAAUUAACAAAUUCAAGUAUAGCAAAAAAACGAACACGUGGUGUUAAACUUGUUUUAUGUAUUGUUUUAUCAUUUCUUAUAUGUUUUACACCAUUUUGGACAUUUAAAUUUUAUACACGUUUUAUUGUUGAUGAAAAAGUUGUACCACGAUCAUUAUUACAACGUAUUUUAUCUUAUAUACAUUUACUUGUUGUUUUAUUAAAUCAUUUUGAAGGAAUACUUAAUCCAUUAUUUUUUAUUGUAUUAACUGAACGUUUUUGUUUAGCAUUUUCAAAACAUCGACAACGUCAAACAAGAUUUUUUGGUACAAGAUCAUCUGUUACUAUAUUUAGUGGAGGUAAAAAAUCAACAAAAUUAUCAUUAGUAUCAACAGCAACAGCAAGAAAUACAGAAAUUAAUGGUCUUUUACUAUUAAAUAAUAAUCGAUUGGAAGAUAAUGAUCAAAUACCAACAGUUGUUCCAUGA